UGGUUGAUAGAUCUGAUACGUGUGACCUUGAAAGGAAAAACAACCAAUAGAAAUCAGCACAACAAAUAAACCAAUUAUCUUAAGAAUAGAGAAUUUUUAUAAAAAAAUCACUAUCAUAUAAAAAGAAACAAAUUGUUGAAAAGAUUUAAUAAAUGCAAAUGUUAUUAGUAUAAAACUUAAAUUUAUCAUCAUGCAACGUCCACCGCCAAUUCCUAUAUUAAAUCGUCAUUCAAUGGAAUAUAGAUCAGGAGGAAAUUUAUUAAAUUCUAUUACACCAUGUAAAGAAUAUUAUACACAUGAUUCAUAUGGAAAAUCUAAAUACUGUAUUGAAGUUGAUUUACAAGGUUAUCCAGCAGAAAGUAUACGAAUUACAAGACAAUUACAAGAUGUUACAAUAAGUUUAAAUCAUGAAGAGAUUAAACCAACUGGUGAAAAAUAUAAACAAGAAUUUAGACGUGAAAUUCAAUUACCACAAUCUGUUGAUUUAAAUACAUUAAAAAGUACUAUUUUAAAUAAAAAUACAUUAUUAUUAUAUGCUGAUGUAAAUAAACGUGAACAACCAAUUUUAAAAAGUUCACAAAUGAGUCCUAAUUUAAAACGUCAUAUUAAUUGGGGAUUAUCAUGUUCACCACCAUUACGUAAUUCAAUAUUAGAUUCACCUAAAUUACGUACAUCAUUUUCUAGUGAAAUACGACAUCGUAAUUCAUCAUUUACAAAUUUACCAAAUGAUUUUAAUAAAUCAUUUCAUAUUAAAAAACAAAAUUUAUCAAAUUAUCAAAAUAUACAACGACUAUCAAAUCAUCAUCAGUAUAGAAGUAAUUCUUUUACAAAAUCGGAACCAAUUAAUAUACCUGUACGUGUUGAAACAAAUCAAAAUCAUAAUCAAUUCACUCCUAUGAAUAAUGUACAAAAUAUUCGUGUAGAAAUAACAAAAAAUCAACCAAUUCAUUUGAAACAAUCUUCUAAACAAUCAACUUUAAAUCAUAAUCAAUCUCAAUCACAAGUUCCACAGAAUAAUCAUACUACUACUACUACCACUCAUAGUAAUAGUAAUAAUUAUUAUUAUCAAAAUGAACAUAAAUUGCUGAAUAAUAAUAGUACAUUAAAAUCUCAACGUCCAUUACAUAUACUACCAGUUACAAAUAAUAUCGAUGAAAAUGAUCCUAUAAACAAUAUAUCAAUACAAAAUAAUUAUAAUAAUGCCAUGAAUCGUUUAAUUAAUCAUACAACAGCAACAACAACAACAACAACAACGAAUACUACUAACAAUAAUAUAAAUAGUACUAAUCAUUUAACUAAACCUAUGAAAUUUUAUACACAAAGUAUGAAAGUUGGCUUAGAUGUAAAACCGGAAGAUUUAAAUAUUCAUUUAAAAAAUGGUUUAUUAACAAUUAUGAUUAAACAAAAAGGUAAUAAUAUUGAAAAUAAUCAACAAACUAAAAUUGCCCGUGAAUUUCUACAUGAAAAUACUAUACCAAUUAAUGUUGAUCAAAAUAAAUUAACAGCAAAAUUAGAUAGAGGUAUAUUAAUUUGGGAAGCACCAUAUAUGACAACAUCAUCAACUAUAACAACAUUAACAAAUGAUUUAAUUGAUAUUCCAGGAUAAAUGAUGCUAAAUAUACUACUAAUAAUACCACUACUACCACUACUACUACUAAUAAUAAUAAUAAUAAUACUAUGUAAAAAAUGAACAUAUUUAAUGAAAACAGAGAUUAAUAGAAGAUAAUGAAUAGAUUUACUUAAGUUUAUUCUUUCCUUUUUUUAUGUAUUUUACGCCUUUCUUUGUUUUCUUUUGUUUUCCUGAAAGAUUCAUUUAUUUUAUGUGAAAAAGAAAACACUAUUGAUAUUAAGAUGAACAUAAAAUCGAUCAGAUUGUAUAUUCAUUAAAGUGAAUUUUUCUAUUUAUUAAUGAACCAAAAAAGAAAAGAAAAAAGAGAUUAGAAUCAUUGUUUAUUCAUUUAUUUAUUUGUUUUAUUCUUGUCAAAUAUUUUAGUCUCAUUCAGAUAUGUUUAUAAUAUAAAUUAAUAAUAAUCAUAAUAAUGGGCAUGUAUUAAUCCAUUUUUAUCAAUUUAUAUAUAUAUAAGUAUCAUUACCAAGGCUUGACUUGAUAAUUUCUAAUAAAUUAAGCAUUGGGUUGAUUGUUAUCAAUAAAAAUAAUAUCCUAAUGAAUAGAAAAAUUGAGACUUUCCGACGUUUCGUAACUUGAUAUAAGCCACUUCUUCAGAGAAUAAAUAAACUAAUCAUAAUUAAUCCAAGUUUAUUUAUUUAUUAUUUAUUUAUUUAUUAUAUAAAUGAUUAUUAUUAAAAUAUACAUGUCGCCAAUACUCUUAUAUAUAUAAUCAUCAACUUAACUCAUCUUAGUAAAUAACUGAAUUAAUUAAGUUAAAUACAAGAAUAGGUAUGUUUCAUUAUAUAGUCGUUGAUCAGUAAAUGAAGUAAAACAAAAUGAUGCGUAUAUGGUAAAGACAAGUGUGUCAAGUCAAUUUAAUCAAGUAUAGAUCUACAUUUAUAAUCAGACCAAAGAAUAAAUUACAGACAUGUGAUGAAUAAGAUAAGUACACAUACAUAUGCUCAUAUUAAAAAA